UAGUUUAAAAUCAUAUUGAAUAUGUUUUUUAAAAUCAAGUCAUCUUUCGGGUCAGUAAAUAUGUGAACAAGACAUAUGAAAGUUAUAUAGUGAGUCCAUUCAAUAUGAAAAAUCGCGAUCACGGUUGUGAUUCCACGAUAAUCUCGAGGUGUGAUUGUGAUUUUACGAUACUGUGAUAAAUCACAGUUAGUGAUUAUGAACGCCAUCUUUACCGCAUAUACACAGACCAAUGACCAAUGUGGAUCGGCCAGUUUGAGACUUUUGUCUGUGGCGCGAGGUAUAAUAGCGAGGCUGUGGGAACAGGGAACUCGGUGAGGAGUUUGCUCUCGCGGAUGAGUUGUUCGAGGUAGUGGUGGCGUGCGCGAGCACCCGCCGUACAUCCGAGGAAGUCGCGACACUGAAACCCCGGCUACGAGAGAUACUUGGGAUCGCGCCGAGUUGAGGAGUGUGGUGGAGUGCUGAGCUCUCGGCGAAGGUUUAACCGGGGUACAUAGUACAUAGUAUCGGGUAGUGUGUACCGCAGCCGGAGCACACAACACGGCGGCGCGGGAUCUUAAAGCGGUGAACGGGGGAAACGGUGGUGUGUUUUUCAUGGCGAUCAGUCUAUCAGAGAAGUCUCGCACGCUGGCACCGAUGUACGAGACACGGGAAAGGUGAAGGAGGUGCUCGCCGGACCUGACCUGCCCGAGAGGAACACCACGAAACGUAGCAUCUCACGUAUACUGACACAUACAUACGUACACACAGUGCGUCACCGCCCAUAUGUGAUGUGUUUCGUGCAUUCGAGCGAAUGAGUAAUCAUGUACUGUCAAGACAAGAGCUCGACCGCCUCCAAGAGCAAAGAGGUUGCUAAAGAUUGCGCUUGUUAUGCACAGGGUCUGUGACAAUGCGGGAGAAGAAAGGAGGUGCUCUUAGCAGAGUACAAAAGCUCAAAAAAAGGCUAAGCCACAGCUUUGGAAGACUUUCAAUAUCAAAAGAAGAGGCUGAUGAUGCUACAAGUAGGGGUCAACUACCAUAUAAUGGCUAUUCCGAGGAGUUCCUAGACCGUUUAGAACCAAACGGCAAUAUACCUACAGAUAAGGACCGUCGUUAUGAAUGGACAGGUGUGGGCGACCAUGAGAGAGUGCAUCGGCAGCUUUCCGUUUCUAGUGAUUCCAAGCUUCUCGACGAGGAUAUACGUGAAGAAGCGAGAGUAAUCCUACGACCUCGACGCCCACCACGACCCAAGUCAGAGGUCUUCCUCGGGCCAGAUCCACCUAGAAGAACUAAAAGAUUUUCAGCAUUCGGGGGAGAUUCCCCUUUUGGUAAAUCUGAAGCUUAUAUAAAAUUGGAACAAUUAGGAGAAGGAUCAUAUGCCACGGUGUUCAAAGGCUAUAGCCAUCUUACAAAUCAAGUUGUGGCACUUAAAGAAAUUAGACUGCAGGAGGAAGAAGGUGCUCCAUUUACUGCCAUACGCGAGGCAAGCCUUCUUAAAGAAUUAAAGCAUAGCAAUAUCGUUACUUUGCACGAUAUAAUUCAUACGCGCGAGACUCUUACCUUCGUUUUCGAAUAUGUUCAUACCGAUCUGUCCCAAUACAUGGAGAGGUAUGGCAGCGGUAACGGUGGUCUAGAUCCACGAAAUGUUAAAUUGUUUCUAUUUCAACUGUUAAGGGGAUUGGCGUACUGUCAUCGAAGGAGAGUAUUACACAGAGACGUGAAACCACAAAACUUGUUAAUCAGUGAAAUAGGGGAACUAAAAUUAGCAGAUUUUGGUUUAGCGAGAGCUAAAUCUGUACCGUCACACACGUACUCGCACGAAGUGGUGACAUUAUGGUACAGGCCACCCGACGUUCUUUUGGGUUCUACAGAGUAUUCUACCUCGCUUGACAUGUGGGGUGUAGGUUGUAUAUUUAUGGAGAUGUUAACUGGUGAACCGACAUUCCCAGGUGUACGCUGUACGUACGACCAACUUGAUAAGAUAUUCAAAAUACUGGGUACUCCUACCGAGGAAACAUGGCCCGGUGUUACGCACUUGCCAGGAUACAAGCCGCAUAGACUGGGAUUCUAUCCUCCGCGAAAAUUGGGUCUUUCGUUUCCUAGACUCUACGAUAUUACCGAAGGCGAUAGCAUGGCAUCGUCGCUUCUACAGUUAAAUCCCGAUCAGCGGAUAGGUGCUGAAGAAGCGCUGAGGCAUCCUUAUUUUGCGUCUCUUCCUAGAAAACUAUACGAGUUGCCUGACGAAGUAUCGAUAUUUAGCGUUGAAGGUUGUCAUUUGCAUACGAAUUCGAGGCACGGGUGUGCAGAUUCGCGACACACGUCUCUUAAGACUUGAGGUUACGAGUAAAGAUAAUGAAAAAAAAAACUCAAUAAUAAGUAAUUCCAAAAUUCACGCCUUCAGUGAAGCGUUCAUUGUCAUACAGAUCAAACUCACGAGGCGAUCAUUGCCUUAGUUCAUGUACACCUAUUGUUUACCACGCGCGUCAAUCGCUCUUUCUCAGGGCUGCCUCACGAAUUCCAAUCAUUUCUCGCGACACUUCCAUACACCCGAGACACGUAAACACGCGUAUAUAUAAUUGCGACAUUCGUAUCUUUGUUUCUGUUUCUCUCCCCUUUUAUUUAAAGACUAGUACACGUACGUAUCAAACGAAUUAACGAAAAUAAAUUAUUAACUGGCGAUGAAAAAAAAAAUACGAAAGUAAGCUAUCUGUGGCUAAACGAAGUAAAACGAUUUUAUGAGAUUCGCACGCUCGAUUUAGAAAGCAAAAGCACGCACGACCCAUCCUCGCACUUCGUCCAAAUACUAGAUUUAGAUUGAUAUCAAUCAAAAAAAAAAAAAAAA